AUGAAUAUCUUCCGCCUACUCCUGGCCACACUGCUGGUCUCCCUGUGCUUCCUCACUGCCUACAGCCACCUGGCACCUGAGGAAAAGCCCAGGGAUGACAGAAGCCUAAGGAGCAACUCCUCCGUGAACCUGUUGGAUUUCCCCUCUGUCUCUAUUGUAGCGCUGAACAAGAAAUCCAAAAAGAUCAGCAGAAAAGAGGUGGAAAAGAAGAGAUCUUCCAAGAAAAAGGCUUCCAUGAAGAACGUGGCUGAGACCCGGCCCCCGCCACCCACCCCCUGCGUGGCCACUCGUGACAGCUGCAAGGCGCCGGCGCCGGCCUGCUGCGACCCCUGCGCCUCCUGCCAGUGCCGCUUCUUCCGCAGUGUCUGCUCCUGCCGCGUGCUCCGCCCGCUCUGCUGA